AUGUCUAAGUACGUAGCAGACCAUGAGGCCCCCUUAACUAUGUUAUCGGUUAAGGAGUAUUUCCCUCAAUUAACAGAAAAGGAACAGAAAUAUGCUCAUUAUAUGUCAAAGGCUUCUCAUGCAGGAACAAGAGUUGUAUUAAGGCAAGUUUCUCAUGAAAGUGAAGCCAUAUUUGACUUACUUCUUUCUAUUCAUAAGGGACUUAAGGGUAAAUAUCCAACUGAUAUUGAACAAGUUGAUUUAUACCUAGAUUAUGUCUCCCAAUUUCUGGGCAAUUUAGGGAACUAUAAAUCAUUUGGUGAUUCUAAAUUUAUCCCUGGUUGUUCACAAGAUACUUGGUUCAAGUUAAUGGAAAGAUGCCAAAUAAAUCCCUCUGAUAAAGUUACAGCGUUAAACUGUCCAUAUUCUACUAUACAUGACUUAGUGGUUAAGGGUAUUUACUAUGUUGAUGAUCAAGUUUCUAUGUUAGGUUUCCCAGCUGAUGGUUAUGUUUCUUCAUAUUAUUUGGGUGAUCCUAUAUCUCUAGAUGAUAUGAAAUUACUGAAAAAUGAAAUAUUUGCAUCCCUAUCUAUCUUACCAGAGAAUACUAGAAUUAAGAAAGAUUUGCAAAAUUCUCAAUUUGAAAUUCUUAUUGCAUCAGUCAAUUUGAACAAUGCAAUUCCUCAUGAAUAUCCCUCAGAAGAUAUUAAAUUAUCUAAUGGCUUUACUGUUAAAUUUAAAUUUGGUGAUCAUUCUACAGAAUUAGCCCUAGUUGUUAAAUAUUUGAAGUUGGCGCGUGAAAAUGCCGCUAACGACAUUCAAUAUAAGAUGUUAACUGAAUAUAUCAAUCAUUUCCAAACUGGAUCUUCUAAAGCUCAUAAAGAAUCACAAAAGUUAUGGGUUAAAGAUCUAUCUCCAACUGUGGAGACUAAUAUUGGCUUUAUUGAAACUUAUAGAGAGCCAUCAGGCAUUAUUGGUGAAUAUGAAUCUUUAGUGUCUAUUCAAAAUAAGUUACGUACUGCAAAAUUUGCUACAAUGGUUUCCAAUGCAGAAAAUUUUAUAUCUUUAUUACCUUGGAGUCAAGAUUAUGAGAAACCAAAAUUUAAUCCACCUGAUUUCACUUCUUUAGAAGUUUUAACUUUCACAGGUUCAGGUAUUCCAGCAGGUAUCAACAUUCCAAAUUAUGAUGAUGUUCGUUUAACUAUUGGGUUUAAAAAUGUCUCCUUAGGUAAUAUUUUGAGUGCGUCAACAAAAGCAUCUAAAAAAUUUCCACCAAGUUUUAUUACUGAAGAAGAUAGGCUUAUUUUUGAUAAAUAUCAAGGUGAAUCCUUUGAAGUUCAAGUUGGAAUCCAUGAAUUAUUGGGACAUGGCUCUGGUAAAUUAUUGAUGGAAGUGGAACCGGGUAAAUUCAAUUUUGAUAUUAAAAAUCCUCCAUUAGGAUUGGAUGGGAAACUUGUAUCUACAUAUUACAAAGUAGGUGAAACUUGGGGGUCCAGAUUUGGUUCUCUAGCUGGUGCAUUUGAGGAAACAAGAGCUGAAGUUGUCGCUAUGUAUUUAAUUACAAACAGAGAAUUAUUAGAAAUAUUUGGCUUCAAGACUCGUGAAGAACAAGAUAAUGUUAUUUACGCUGGUUACUUGCAAAUGGCAAGAGCUGGUUUAUUGGCUUUGGAAUAUUGGGAUCCAAAGACGGGCAAAUGGGGUCAACCACAUAUGCAAGCUAGAUUUUCUAUUAUGAAGACAUUCUUGAACCACUGUUCUGAUAACAAUUUCUUAACUUUAGAAAAGGAUACAAAGGGCGAAUUGUACAUCAAAUUAAGAAAGGAUUUGAUUGAAACUGCUGGUUAUGAGUGUGUUAAAGAUUAUUUGCACCAUUUACAUGUUUAUAAAUGUUCAGCUGACGUUGAAAGAGGUACUCAAUAUUAUGUAGAUCGAUCUACUGUCACCCCAGAGUUAGCUCAGUAUAGAGAUUUGGUUAUUUCAAAGAGAUUACCUAGAAGACAAUUUAUUCAAGCAAACACCAUCUUAGAUGGCGAUAAAGUUGAAUUGAAGGAAUACGAAGAAACACCAUUAGGUAUGAUAGAAUCCUUUAUUGAAAGAGAAUGUUGA